AUGGAAGUCUUGGACAAGCCAAGUAUCGAUAGACCCUUCUCAGAAAUAUUCACUACAGAGAACCAAAGACUACCUUCAUGGAUGGACCCAUUCAUUGACUAUCUCUCGAAAGGUGUUGAGCCAACUCACAAGGCUGUCGCCACCAGGCUCCGCAAGAGGGCGACACUAUACACAAUCCGCAAAGGCAAAUUGUACAGGAAAUGCAGGUCAUUCCCUUUCCUAAAAUGCAUCUCUCUUGAGGAAGGACUGCGAGUACUUCUAUCGCUACACAGCGGAAUCUGUGGUAACCAUGCAGGAGCCAGAAACUUGGCAUUCAAAGCACUUCGUACAGGAUAUUACUGGCCCACAAUCGAAGAAGAUGCAAAGCGCAUCACCAACGCUUUCCUCAAAUGCCACAAAUUCGCCAACUCUCCUAUCGCACCGUCGGUGCCACUCUCAUUCGUCAUCGCCCCUUGGGCAUACUGCCAGUGA